CCAUAGACAUGUUGCAUGCAGCUAGGAGCAAACAAAAGCAGUAGCCUUCCUCAUGUGCCCUUUGCUCUGAGAAUUUUGAAGUAUGACUGCUGUGACUUCCACGUGAUCAUAUCCCAUUGUAAAACAAAAGUUGCAUCAUCCUUGAGCAUCAAUGAAAGACCAAGUAUGGCUCUCUUCAAGCAACAGAAGGUGGAGGACGUUUACGAAAUUGAGGAAGAGCUGGGAAGUGGUCAGUUUGCUAUAGUGAAGAAGUGUCGAGAGAAGAGCACAGGGGUGGAAUAUGCUGCCAAGUUCAUCAAGAAGCGCCAGAGCCAGGCCAGCCGGCGCGGGGUGAGCCGGGAGGAGAUCGAGCGCGAGGUCACCAUUCUGCAGCAGAUCCUGCAUGCCAACAUCGUCAAGCUGCAUGAUAUCUACGAGAACAAGACAGAUGUGGUCCUCAUCCUGGAGCUGGUUUGUGGAGGAGAACUUUUUGACUUCCUGGCACAGAAGGAGUCUUUGAGUGAGGAGGAAGCAACCAGGUUCAUCAAGCAGAUUUUGGAUGGUGUGCAUUACCUUCACUCUAAGAAAAUUGCUCACUUUGAUCUAAAGCCGGAAAACAUUAUGCUUCUAGACAAGAAUAUCCCUAUUCCACACAUCAAACUCAUUGACUUUGGCUUGGCUCACAAAAUAGAAGAUGGAGUUGAAUUUAAAAACAUUUUUGGAACUCCAGAAUUUGUAGCUCCAGAAAUUGUAAACUAUGAACCACUUGGACUAGCUGCAGACAUGUGGAGCAUAGGAGUCAUCACCUACAUACUGCUUAGUGGUGCAUCACCUUUCCUUGGAGAAACCAAACAAGAAACACUUGCCAACAUCACAGCUGUGAAUUACGACUUUGAUGAAGAAUUUUUUGGCAAUACUAGUGACCUGGCAAAAGACUUUAUUCGGAAACUACUGGUGAAAGAUACACGGAAGCGGCUUACGAUUCAGGAAGCUCUGUCUCAUCCAUGGAUAACGCUGAAAGAUGAAACCAAAAUCCAGGAAAACAAGAAGGUGGAGAACACGCAGCUGAAGACGAAACGCCUGAGGGAGUACACAAUAAAGUGCCACUCCAGCAUGCCCCCCAACAAUAGCUACAUCAACUUUGAGCGCUUUGCCCACAUCGUAGAGGACCUUUCCCAUGUGGAGCAGGGUUUCAGCACCUUGGCUGCAUCCCACGAUUCCUUGCAGGAGGACAUGGAUGCUCUGCUUUCCAUUUAUAACGAGAAAGAAGCUUGGUAUAAAGAAGAGAGUGAAAGCGUGAGGCACAAGCUGUCCCAGCUGAAGUAUGAAUACCGUAAAAUGGAGUCCCUUAAAAGGCAUUUGAAUGAUGAUAUCGAGGCUGUCGGCGCCAGUCUCGCAGGCGUGUGUGGGAAAUACGCUGAGCUGCAGAGCCACUAUGACUCCCUCAGACAGGAACUUGCUGAGGAACUCAAGUGGAUACAGGAUUUAAUGAGCAGUUUUCAACUGGAAAACGAAGCCUGUGUGAACGGAAACUUUGACUCUGUUUUCAACAAAGAUAUUAAUGAAUCACUAAUGGAGCUGUUAAAUAGAUCUUGCUGUGAAGAAUUCCUUGCAGGGUUGAAUCUUGUUGUGACAGAAUCCCAUCAGUAGUACUGAGAUCAGGCUAAGUGCAGGGUUUGUUGCUUGUUUCAAUGUACAUCAGUUUAAAAAGGUUCCAGUGCAUAGAUUCUACACAAAAACAUGACCUAGAAUUAAAGUAAGUUCUGAUGUAUAGCACAAGCUACUGACCAAAGCUGUACUCUUCCAGAGAUUUGUAGUGUUGAAGUUGUUUUUGGGGUUUUUUUCCUGUGUUUGGUGUCUGAACUUAUUCAAACAAGAUUAUCACAGUGGUAUGGACACAUCUAACGCCAAAGCCUUUGGUAUUGCCUUUAUUUUACUCUGCAUCAUUACAAUUCCUAAAGAUUACGAGGUAAUUAAUGUGGUAAAAAAUAAUAAGUCAAUCUGUACUUAAUAGAAACUGGGUGUCUGGAAACUAAUAAAAAUCCCCUUAUAGCAUCUUUGCUUGUCUGAAGGAAAGAGUUGGGUAGCCCUGCUACUGGCAGUUCUAUACACCUUAUGAGACAAAGAUUUGCAAAGGUUAAAUCUGUAAAAUAAAGCAAAUGGUGUAGUAAUUUAACAUUUAGCUGGUACUGUGGAAAUUCUCUGUGAAAUGGCUGCUAAUGAAGAAUGUUUGGAUUAGUGUUCAGGCCAGUUGUGCAGGGUGAACUCUUUUACCAUCAAAGGUAAGGUGAAUUUUAAACUAAAGGAUUAAUCAACAGCUGAGUUUCCUGUCCUGUAUCAAAGAAAUCCUAUUCAUAAGACACCAUUGGGAGCUUGUAUUGAUCAAAUGACUGUGUAAUUUUGCAGUGCAAAUGUUGAUUUGUGACUAAGUGAUAACAUAGUCUUCUGAUUUUUUUUCUACAGUGAAGAUUACAAAGCUACAACCAACUUAAUCUAUGGUGUGGCAUUUGAGACUAAUGUUUUUCAUAUAAAUAUUUUUUUCCUUAGAUUUUAAAAAGUAAAAGAAAAGUUUACCCAACCUUAAAUCAUGCCCUGCUGUCUUGUAUUUGAAAUAAGUAGUUUGGUUAUACUGUAUUAAUAUGCACAGAUGCAUCAAUUUAAUUUUUGAACACAAUAAAUAGUUAGUUAUGCAGGAUGCAAUUGUUCCCUGGUGGUUGAUAGUGACUGAGAAAGAUGCCAAGUUUCUGUUGGUAUUUGUUGUGACUGUUGUGCAUCUACAAGAAUCAGUGAGAUAAUAGCUCAAGUCCAGCUAGAGUGAAACUUUACAUAUAUAUAUGUAUAUACAUAUAUAUAUAUAUUUACAUACAUAUAUAUUAUCUUUCACUGGCACUCCUCCCUCCUCCUUUUGCAGGUAAGUUAAUGACCUAAAUAAACUGUUGUUGUUCCUAACAUGAUUAAGAAUAAUGUUUCCUACUUUGAGAUGAAAAAUAAAAGCAUAUUCUCAUCCAGUUAUUGCAGACUACAGUGGACGCAUUACUUCCAUGUCCUCACAAAGAUGUGCAGAGGCUGAUGCAAAUUCAGAGUCAUGAAAACAGUUGUUCACUUGGGGUAUUUUUGCUCCCAUCAUUGUACUCGAAGGAGGAUGAAAACUGGAUGUGUUCUCUGUGGCAUUGUUCGUGGUACAAUAUAUGAAAUUUUCAAAAGCUUCAAAGUAGUGUAGAUGGCCAGGAUGUGACCCUGGCAAGCUGGCAUUGAUGGCUGGGGAGAAUUGGGCCCUACUGUGACAAGUAGUAUUAAGAAUUUUGCAUGUGUCCAUUUUUUAUUGUUUCAGAAUGCUUCUGCAGGUUCCUUUAAGCUGGAAGACCCAUUAAAAGCUGUCCAGGAGAACUUGAACACAGGAUUUUAUUGUCAGGGGGAGGGAGCUUUAAUUCCUAAAAUGUAACAUAAAGCCUAGUGAGAGUUAGAAUUUGCAGAAAACAUUCUUAAGAGAGUCUGUCUCCCCUCAGCCAAGAUCUCAUAUUCUUUGUUCAUAUCCAUUUUCUUUUUGAACAAAUACACUGGCACAAUGAGAAUGAGCAUUAAAUGAGGCCAUCUUGUUCCUGAGCAUGUUUGGGUGAGGGUAAUGUUGUGACUCGGUCCUUGAGGCUAAUCACACACUGCUUUUGGGAAGAGAUCCUGAUGUUUGAGAGAAUGACAAGGUCACUGGGUUGCAGGGUACUUAAAAUGGAGAGGUGGUUAUUACCAGUCUGCAGUAAAGUGAGUUAGAGUUGGUGUUGGUUCUGCUGCUGAAAGGCACUGGGAAAUUUUUCAUAAAGAUUGUACAGCUGACAUUUAGCCAGUGACUUUUUCCACUUCAGAUUGAUUUCUGCUUGCUGGCUGUUUGCAGCGUGAGGAAAUGAUAUUUAAUGCUUAACUGUACCAGUUCUGUUGAAUGCAAAUGGUGUGUACAUGUAAAUGAGAAGGGGGUCCAGCUGUAGCUUGGCUCCUUGAAGUGCUGCUGAGAUACCUGCAAAAAUGUACAUACCUACAGCAUUGAUGAGAAAAGUGAAUUUGUUGUCUCAACCAUUUCAAGUUACUUUUCUGAAAAAGAUGUUUAAAUCCUCACUGAUGUGUUUUCCAUUCUCCUUUGGUACUCUUGCUGUUUCAGGUGCAUGGCUUGGUUGCAUUCCAGUCCAGUUCAGUACAAAUAUUUCUCUGUUAUCCACCUCCUACAUAUGCAGAUCAGAACAGCUGGGAUGGUGAUACUCCAUACUCUUGAAGGGCUGAUUCCUGGCCUUUCUCUUUUCACUCUUGCCUCAUCUGGUUCUGAACCAGUUCUCUCAGUCUGUCAGAUUUGGUUUUAUGGUUUAUGCAAAUUUUGAUGUGCUUUUGGAAUUGAAAUGUGCUUCAUUUUCUGAAGGACUGUGUCAGGAUUUGUGGAAUAUCUGUUCCUUAACACCAGGUUGACAUCCAAAAUGAUAGGCAUGUCACUGUUGGACAUGAAAUGAUUCACACAGACACCACUCAAUGUGGGAUAAAGGAAGAAGAAGACUUUAUUCUGUCACUUCAGUAUUUAUACAUUCUCAACAACAACCAGGGAUUGAAUAGUUAGGUUACCACCUUCCCAACCACUCUGGUCAUGAGAAACGUCCAUCAAAAGACAUAUCUUUAACUGAAUGUAUAAACAUCUAUGUUUAUAGUUGCUUUCCUGGGAAAGUGUCUAGAAACUGUGAAAAACAAUAUCAGAAGCUUUGAUUCUCAGGGCAACACUAGGUACGAAUCCUGAUCUAUAUUCUUUUUUUGUUCCUACUUUUCCGUAGUUAGAUACUGCAAUUAUUUUAUUGCCAGGGUGUCAAUGCCUUGUGCUCUUGUACUCUGGCUAUGGUUAAAGGACAAAGCUGGAGAUUUUUUCAGAUAUCAUUAUCCUUGUCACUAAUACUACAUGACAGAUACCAUUUGUUCCAUUUUAUUACAGUGAUGUCAUGCAUCACUGCAGGAAGGGAGAUGGGUGAUGGUAUACACAAGAAGCACCUUAACAACUUUACAAAGUGAAAGCCUAGCCUUAGCACCUGCUAGUUUUAGGAUUUUAUUUGCAAUCUGUUUAUACCCAGAGUGGGCUAGAUUUAGUUCUUCUGCUUUUACCUGUGUGAAUCCACAGCUUCCCCGGCUUUCUUUCAGCCAGCUCCACAUGAGGUAUCUUGCAUAUUUUAUUCACCAAAGGGAGCCCAAC